GUAACCUCUCUCCACUGUGUACGUAGAGUAUUCGAAAAUCGGGCCGAUCUAAGGCACGCAACAUAACAUCAGACUUAUAUUCGCCCGAUUCUUCGGAAAUACUUUUGCAAGUACUUGAUUCUAAGUUCAAAGAUUUACUACCAAGCUGAAGUAAAUCAAAAAGCCAUAGUAUUGGGCUUGCGCUGUAGUUGAAUCAACACUGUAGUGAUGCCAUGCAGAUGUCGGCCUUUUUCGCGGAUACAUACAGCCUCCCCCAGUGUGAUGAAAACCCCACCGUGCUGGGACAACGUGGACUAAAAGACUUCACAUAUUCGACCCCGUUCCUCAAUUACACACACUCAUUUCUAUACAGUCACAUCUAUACAGUCACAUCUAUACAGUCACAUCUGACGUGCCAAUACUUCGGACACAUGCCCUAGACAUCAUGUCCAAAGGAGCCUUCCACUAUGAACAGCGACGCCUGGAGAACGAUCUCGUUGCUCUCGAGCCAUUUGACCCAACUAUCCACGCAGCACGUUUCGUAGAAGAGAUCAAAACCAGCUCAAAUCUCCUCACAUACAUUGCUUUCCCAACAAUAAACACCAAAGAAGAAUUCAUAGAGUUCUACGACAAGCAUAUAGGCUCACCGCCCGAGGAAUGCCUAUACGCAAUCUAUGACAAGACCAAUGCUUCUGAAGAGGAGAAUCCUGACAGUAACUACGCUGGCACCGUAGCUUUGUCUGCUACCAGCCUAGUAAACGCGGCUACAGAGGUGGGUAUUAUUAUUUUCCCGGCCUUUCAACGAACACAUGUAGCGACAAAUGCAAUUGGGCUUUUGCUUUUAUACACGCUCGAUUCCCCUUCCCUUGGGGGCCUAGGAUUGCGACGCGUGGAGUGGAAAACACACACGGAAAACGCCGCCUCGAGGAGAGCUGCGCUGCGGAUGGGAUUCGAAUUUGAGGGCGUCGCAAGAUGGCAGCGCGUGUUUCCGGGCGGUCAGGUGGCGCUUCCUGUGGACGCACUUGAAAAGAGAAAUGGCACGAAAGGAGAACUUCCGGGGAGGCACACUGCUAUGUACUCGAUUGUCUGGGACGAGUGGGAUGAGAAGCGGCCCAAAGUUGUUGCUUUAAUGUCAAGAACCGGUGCUUGAGAAUGAUAGAGGCCAGCAUCAGUAACGCGGGGCAUGAAGGAUUUGGGAGCCUUAGUUGCUAAGGCACUAGGAAAUGAUCGCACGCUAGUGGACGAAAGAGAAGCAUUUAGAGUAUUGGAAAAUUUUAUUCAUUCGCU